AUGUCAAAGCGGAACGGAAGUACUGCGACGCAAGAGUAUGAGGGGAGUGUGAUCAAAUGUUUUAUGGACGAUGCUGGACCACCAUGUCGACGGUGUAAAGAGAAGAAGCUGAGCAACUGCGCCGUUAGCAAGAACCUACAAACCAUUAUCGAUGAAAAGACAGAGUUAUCUGAAGCCAUGCUAUCAGAUCUUGACCAGGUGUACACAGCAGUCAAGGAGAUGAGAAGUAUAAUGGGCUUACCAGAAAUACCGCCAUUACAGACGUCCCGGAUGAACAAGCGAAAGGACUCGUCAGUACCGCCACCACAAGAGUCAACGACUCUUCAACUGGAGGACAAUUAUGGCCCAUCAUGUGACAACUCACCGAAACUCACGCCCGAAGACGAUAGGUUGCCCCAUGCGCCUAUUCAUUCUCUAUAUACACUGACUAGAAUGAGAGCGCUUCGGUCACCGGGCAGUGGGAAUGAGAAUCCGAGUCAAGCCAUCAAUGACUUCAUUUCACAAGGACAGAUCUCACUGGCUGAUGCUGAGCGGUUGUUUUGUGUUUAUCGAGAUCGCCUUGACGGGUUCAUCUACUCUAUCGGCUGCCCCUAUAAAACCCUCGAGCAGCUUCGUCGGAAGUCAUCAAUCCUAUGUGCGGCAACUCUCACCAUCGCAGCGCUUCACGACCCAGCUGCCGAUAAAGUAUAUGGCAUUUGCAAUUCUGAACUCCGGCGAUUGACCGAGAAGUCAAUGCUGCAACGACAAGGCGACAGGGACUACUUCCGAGCUCUCAGCAUCGCUUCAUACUGGCUUAGUGAUCUGUCGUGGACAUUGUCAGGCCAUGCAAUCCGACGAGCUGCAGAAUGCAAUAUCCACAACAGCUACAGUCUAGCCAUAAAGGACCAAUCCGAAGAAGCCAUGGACUCUGCUCGAAUCUGGUCUAUUCUUUAUAUCUGCGACCAGCACCUUGCUAUUCUUUACGAUAGACCGGCGAUUAUCCAGGACGAUUGGCUUACGCAAGACUGGGAAGGCAUCUUAAACUGUCCUUUGGCUACGGACCAAGAUGAAAGACUCAUGAGUCAGGUCGAGUUGAUGGGUAUCUUGCGUAACAUACGACGAUUAUUCGGGCCUGAUAAAGGAGAGGAGAUUCCUAGAUUGUAUCUGAGUCAGAUAGGGCACUAUCAUCGGCAGCUUGAUCAGUGGAUCACGAAAUGGACCGAUAGGCUCCCAGAGGGCCAUCCCAAUAUUGGCGCGUUUCCACGAAAAGGAGCUCUCUUCCACUUCCACCUCGCCCAACUAUACCUCUACUCACAUGUCUUCCGUGGCCAGUCCAACCAAAUACCCAGCCAUUUCCUCGAUACAGCCUCAAUGGCAGUAACUUCAGCAUCAGCCAUCAUCGACAUCCUCCUCACCGACCCUGAUCUGUCCACAAGCAUCGUUGGUAUACCAUCUUAUCUUCUCUCUAUGACAGCAUUCGCAGCCAUGUUUCUCGCCAAAGUCUCACAUAAAUACGGGGAUAACCUGUUCAGACGUGAUCAAGCGCUGGAUCAGAUUACACGACUAAUCAGCCAUUUCAGAUCGUUGUCUAUGGGCAAGUGGCAUCUGGCCAAUCUCAUGAUUAGAGGUUUGGAGACUGUGACUAGUCUUUUGACCUCGCAUGGUGUUCAAGAUAAAGUCCAGAAUGCCAUUUCAUCAAUGAUGCCUGGAAAUGAGGCCAAUCAAAGCCUUGAAGAUGUCUAUAACACUAACCCUGAUAUGUUUACCGGUAUGGAUGGAACUACAAUACCUACAUGGGACACGACUUUCGGCUUAUCACCCAUCUUUGGCUUUGAUCCAUCAUUCCUCGAUGUAGAUGGGUAUAUGCAGUCGAUGGCUAUCUUUCCAAACACCGAAGGAACCUGAAGGAGUAUCUCAAUUGAUUGGUAUUCAUCUAUGUAUUUAUCCCAAACCUCUAUGCGCUUCUUUU